UCUUCCGUUCUUCUGUUCCCCGUUCGCGCACACAGCACAUUCUGAUGUACUCACCGAUUCCCGCUGCUGCUGCUGCUGGAUGGACGGAGUGUUUUGGGAAAGGAAAGGAGAGUAGCAUUCGAGUUGGACCAUAAAAGUUGGAGAGUUCUGUCGACAUCGACGACCUGCGAAGGAGAAAAAGUCGGACGGAAAGGAAGAAAAGAAGAAAGAAAAAAAAGGUUUUAUUUUCACCGUUGUUUUGGUUCGAUUGCUUCGAUUGACCUGCUGCCUGUCUUUGUUGUUUUUCAUUGUGUGAUUUUGUGUUGAUGCAGAAUUAACAUUUAUUUACACCUUUGUUUCCGUUCGACCUUGACGUUGAUUGCGCGAUAAGAGGAAUAACGUGAAAGCUAGACGCGUUUGUGCUGGCUAUCAAUGCGGAAAAGGGCAACAUGCACAUGUGGGUAGAAUUUACUGCCGCCUGCAGCCGAAUGCAAACGAAACGUGGAAGUGAAAUUUAUAUUGUUAAGUUUCGGUUUUGGUGAUUGUUGGGGUGAGUGGCGGACUGAAAUCGGUGAUUUAAACCGUGUAAAAGUGCAGAUUUUUUCUUCGUUCACCUCGAACCGAUUUCGAUUCCUUCGUUCGGUACCAAUACAUAAACGGUGGUCGCUGGCGGAGCAAUACGAUCGAGAAGAAGAAGAAGAAAAAGAAGGUGAAACGCGACGACUUUGGAGAAUAAUAUCAAUAGCCAGAGAAACGGCAACAACAGUAGCAACAAACGGAAAGGUGUUGUGGAUGGAAGAAACAUAGAAAUGAGAUAGAGACCAUCCUGUGGAGGUCGCGGCUCACAAAGCAAACCAACGCAAGAAUCGGGCUAAAGAGUGAGUGGCCCCCAAAACAGCCUUCUUUGAUUCACGGUGCAAACGAGUCCAGUGUUGUGCAAAAUUGUGUAGAUGUGUGAAAGAACGCGACUGUAAUAAUACAAAAAAAAAGAGAAUGCAAAAAGAGAGUGGGAGAGAGAGGGCAGCAUAAACGACACGACGGGCUUGUGUGUUUUUAUUUUCUUUGCUCUCGUUUGAUACUCUCGUCGUUCGUUCUUACCUGUGUGUGCUGCUCUUGCAGCAGAGUGCUCCGUGCUGCCCGCUGCGCUGCGAUUAUGCGUCUGUAAUGGUGUACGAGUAACAGCAAUCGUCGACGACGACGGCUAGUGUCAAUAAACUCUGGCGUCCGAAUGUGAGGUGAAAUACGUGAAGCAGCGGAAAGCACAGAAACGUCGGAUAAAAGUUGGAACCUUUGGGACCAGAAGCAAUCAGAGCUCCGCUUGACGAUCAUGUAAACUUUGGAUAUUAUAGCUAUUAUUCCUUUAGAAAUGAUUACGGCUUCUAUGUUAUUGUCGUUGCCACCUUGUGUGAAUGUGUGAAAAAUAAUUACUGAAGCUGUAGCAGAAUGACAUCAACGGAGUCGAGAGGAAACGUCUCGGUAACAACGAUCAACUGUGAGAAUGAUCCCAGUCUUGGAGUAGCUAGCGUAGGCACCAUGAUUCCGGCGGGGACCAGCUCCGGUAGCAGUGGCAGCAGUAGUAGUAGUAGCAAUAGUAGCAGCAGUAAUACUCCGAAUGCCAGCACUAGUAACAGUGCGAUAUUUGGAAACGUUGGUAUCCGAAUAACAGUGCCAAAAAUGGAAGAAUCUGAUGAGUCUGAUACCGAACUAUCGAACAUUGAAAAGACAGCAAAUGUCAACAUGCGAGAGGAUAGCCGAGCCAGUAAGGGCCUUCCUCGGCCGAUGUCCUGGGAGGGCGAACUGUCCGAACCGGAAGCGAUGAUGAUUGACAACGAAAACAGCUCCAGCGGUACUGGGCCGGAGCUGGCUACAGUGGAUAAGACAGAACCCCUGGUAAUAACUAAGGAGGAACCAUCCGGUCCGGGAAUCACGGAACCAUUAGCGCUCACUGCGAGUCACAGCAGUAGUAGCUCUCCCCUCCCGGUCGGAAUGAUCAAACCGGAAGUGGGCAUUCCAUUGAUCAGCCACAGCGUUGCUUCCAACAGCUACGCCAACACCAUUCCAACUAGUAAUAAUAUUAACGCUAAGAAACUACCGGACGUUAUAAAUCUUAAGUACGAACAUGGUUUAGCGGAAAAUCUUCCAGCGGUGAACUCGCCGUUGUUGGUCCGUUCCAAAACUACACUCCUCCCGGCCAAUCCAAGUCCCGACUCUGCUAUACACUCUGUGUACACGCACAGUUCUCCGAGCCAAUCACCGUUGACGUCGCGUCACGCCGCCUAUACGCCUUCGCUGAGUCGCAACAAUAGCGAUGCCUCGUACAGCAGCUGCUAUUCGUACAGUUCCGAGUUCAGUCCGACGCAUUCCCCUAUUCAGGGACGGCACAAUAUGUUCGCCAGUGGGUCCUACAACGGAUCCCAGCUGCAUGCAGUAUUAUACAAACCGAUGAUGGACAACGAACAAGCGCUGAAGCUUGCCACCCAGGAGGAACCGGUCUUCGACAGCGAACAUCUACCGUCCCCGGGCAUUUCGCGGCAGCAGCUGAUUAACAGCCCAUGUCCGAUUUGUGGCGACAAAAUCUCCGGCUUCCAUUACGGCAUAUUUUCGUGCGAAUCUUGCAAAGGAUUCUUCAAACGGACAGUGCAGAACCGAAAGAACUACGUGUGCCUUAGAGGAGCCGCUUGCCCGGUGACAAUUGCCACAAGGAAAAAAUGUCCGGCGUGUCGGUUUGAGAAGUGCCUUCAGAAGGGGAUGAAGCUGGAAGCUAUUCGGGAGGAUCGUACCCGAGGAGGUCGGUCCACUUACCAGUGCUCGUACACGCUGCCUGGGACGAUUCUUAGUCCGUCGCUGUCCGGCAACGAAAAUGGUAGCAAUUUUCCGUACUCGAAAUUUCCACCCGGCAGUCAGUUUCUGUCGGGUAACCCCGGCGGAGGACAUCCCGGUCAGCAGUUCAAAAGCGAAUCCCAGCAGGAGACCAAGUGUAACAGCUCCCCGGCCGGCACACCGGUCGGUAGCAAUGGGAGUAAUCACGUUCGGCCGGGUGUUCCACAGUUGCUGCAGGAAAUUAUGGACGUCGAACAUCUGUGGCAGUAUAACACUACGGAGCUGGCUCGGUUGAAUCAACCGCCACCGCCGGUAACGCCGGCGGCCAUUGCCGCUAGUCCGUUACUUUCCAGUGCCGGAAUCACCAGCGAAAGCAACCCGGAUCUGAUCGCCAAUCUGUGCAACAUUGCCGACCACCGGCUGUACAAGAUAGUCAAGUGGUGCAAGAGUUUGCCGCUGUUCAAGAACAUCUCGAUUGACGAUCAAAUCUGCCUGCUGAUCAACUCGUGGUGCGAGCUGUUGCUCUUUUCAUGUUGCUUCCGAUCGAUGGCUACUCCGGGGGAAAUUAAAAUCUCUCUCGGGAAGUCAAUCACGCUGGAACAGGCCAAGCAUAGUGGAUUACAAACCUGCAUCGAACGAAUGCUCAAUCUCACCGAUCACCUGCGGCGGCUGCGCGUUGAUCGUUACGAAUAUGUCGCCAUGAAAGUGAUCGUCCUGAUGUCGUCGGAUACGUCGGAACUGAAAGAAUCGGAGAAGGUUCGAGCCAGCCAAGAGAAGGCACUGCAGGCCCUACAGGCGUACACGUUAGCGCACUACCCGGAGACGCCGGCCAAAUUCGGCGAACUGUUGCUGCGAAUUCCCGAGCUGCAGCGAACUUGCCAGCUUUCGUUUCAGGUCGGCAAAGAAAUGCUAACAAUCAAACCGAAGGAAGGCGAGGAACCGUCCUUCAACCUGCUGAUGGAGCUGCUUCGUGGCGAACAUUAAUCUGGAGUGUGCCACCACCGAAGAGAACGAUCGUGCCUCACAUGCUCUAACGUUUUCGAUAGAGCAGGACACCGAAAUUCUAACCUGAAAUAUCCCCGCACCGAGCACAGAGCAGAGCAGGGAUAUGCUACGAUCAAAGCAGGCGCGGGAACGCCUCACAUCACUCCGCGAGUCUUUCGUUUUGGUAAUCUUUAUGUUUUUCCCUUUCUUACUGCGGACGCAUUCAGCUCUCUUUUUCACGUUUUCCAACCGUCGUUUGCUGAAUUAAAAUUCUCCUGAAUCAUCCGGACUAUCAUCCACAGCCUCUGAGCGAGGCUGUCUGAGUGCAAGCAGCUGUUUGCGUAAAACUUUUACAUAAUAAUUUGAAACCCGAAAUCAAAACUCUUUCUAAAAAUUGUGAUUUUAACUUUUAAUUGGAUAAGUAGAGCGAGUUUAUUUUAUUCUUUUUAUCGGUAGUUUUUAGUCAGAUAUUUAACAGAUUUUUAUUUUUUCCGAUUGCCGUUUUUUUACAUAUUGUCUGUUGUAAGAAGUUUUAUUUAACUAUCCGUAAAGUGUAUUUUUAAACAUCGUUCAAAACGGUUUCAUCGCUGCAUGCGGAAGGCAUUGGAAUGGCGUCCAAACGCCGCUAAAACAGAGUUGAUUUACGGUUUCAUUAUUGUCCUUCGAUCCCUCAAAAUGUACCGAUUAAGUUUCCUUAACUAGCAACGUAAGACACACGUAAGAUUUUUUGUAAAUGGUCGAUUAAAAAAAACAACUCACAUACACACAGACGUACAGAUAGAAUAUUUUCUUUACGCUAGCGAUAAGCAAGCUCUUAUUUAAACGAGUUGAUCCCGAACAAGUAGGCUCGUAAGUUCUAUUUUUUUUUCUAGAUGAUAAAAAUAGCCUCGUAUUGUUGAUUAAUACAGUUUUUGUUAAGCAGCGCUUUUUAAAUCGAAAUGUUUAAGUUUUCCAGCAGCACGAUUACAUUCGUAGAAGUGUAGUUUAGCUGACUUUGCAAAUAUUCUAUUGAACUCGUAACUAAUAACUGAGAUAAAUUUGUUUUUCUUUUAAGUUUAGUGUAUAAACAAUCGUGUCAUUGGAGGAUUUUUAUAUUAGAAUCAGAACGAUCCUUUUCAAGGCACACCCAAUAACUCAAACACAUACACACAAAAAAAAACAAAAAAUCAAACGACCACAUAAAAGUCUGCAUUCAGCCCGAAGGCGGCAAUAGUAGGCUGGAAGAUUUCAACCCUCCUUAGGCCUGUUGAUAUGGGACGAAAGGAAAGGAAGAUGAGGCAAAACGGUUUCCAACUAUUUCCAUAGAAUAAUAUCAAACCACGGUCCUCCUGAUCGAUAUAACGCGAUUAUAUCGCAUCGGAGGCUUGUUACAACAACUGAGCAAUUCCUUUGUUUUGCUAUUUUGCUACCAGUUGCAAAUGAAACGGGGAAAUGUGUGCCUUUUGUCUGAAGAAGAAAAAAAAAUAACAACCAGAAGGAAACAUUACAAUUUUCGGGUAGAGUAAAAUAUUUUAUCAAACAAAAACAAAAUAAAAAAGUAAAAAAAAACAAGCAACCUUUCGAUCGAAUAACAGGAGCAAAAUAAGCAUACAAAAAAAACCGAUUAUAUAUAAAUGAAAACAACUAGGAAACAGAAAUGACUGAACCUUUUUAGUCUAGUGUUAGUUAAUUACGUAAAAAAAACAAACAGAAAUCAUAAGCGAAACCCAAACCGCACCGGGUCGUGCGGUGUCAUACAAGAGAGUAGUCUAAUGCAACAACAACAAACAAACAAACUUUUUUGAAUCGCGGUUUUUUGGAGAUCCAACCGGAAGGAUCAACAAACAUUCUUUGAUAGUUGCAAUAUAUACAACAAAAAAUAACACACCUUAGCUGAAAGAUAGAAAGAGAGGAAGGAGACAUAACUAAAAGCAAAGGUUUGAAGCAACCUUUGCUCUCAACAAGAAGUUCUAAUUUGUGUAUUGUAUGUAAAGUGCAAUAGGUUUUGUUUUCUCAUACUUUCUUGAAACGUGUAAAACUUCCAAAAGCGCAAACUUGACAAACAGCAAAACAGCAAACUGAGGUAGACUUCUAAGAUGAGAAGAAUUUUUAUGCAGAAGAUUUCUGUGCAACUGAGAGAGGAGGACUUUUCUUCGAGCAGGAGAGGUGGGUAGUGCAGUUUUUCUUUUAUUUCAGUGUGUAAAUAUUUUUUUCCAAAAAAAUAACGAACAAAAGAAGAAAGUAAAAACAGCAAAUCGUUAGACAAACGGAGGAAAAAAGUUUUCCAAAUAAGAAAACAGAACAAAUGUGAUGAUCUAAGCGUAGUACUUUAGUGAUAAACGAAGCAGAACAUACACACACAAUUAAAAAACAAAAACAUCUUAGCAAAAUAUACAGCUACUUAGUCGUCCUCCUUAAAAUAACAAAAAAAAGGUCGGUCGAAAUCGGCGAAAGCGCAAAAGCAAAACAAACAAAACAAACAAAAAAAUCGAAGAAGAAAAUUGCAGUAUUUUUAGGAACGUACUUUUUACUCUUCCCCUCCUGUUGCAUGUUUCGUAAGUGUUUUACCUACGUUGCGGGAUCGUUUAUUGCAAAUAAACGGCCAUCGAGCUGCUGCUGAGUCAGAACAGAAGAACCAACUGGCCAACUUGUACACACUCUCCACAUACACACACACGUGGGGGUAGUUAUUGGCAGUUGGCAGAUAUACACGUAUUGUACUUAAACGAAUUUUUAGGUUUACUAUUAUCCAGUUUCGGCAUAACGCGUAAGAUCCUUGCGGCCUUCCCGAGGAAGGCUGGAGGGCAGGCAGGCAGGCAGGCUGCUAAAGAAAGAGACCGCUCGGCCGGCUUGAACGGCCUAUCGAUCGGUGUCGCUGUGCUUGCUGCUGGUCCUAGCAUUCACCGGUGAUCGCAGAGGAUUGUGCAAAAU